AUGUAAAUUAACAUAAUUUAUUAAAUAUAUGUUAAUAUAACUUUAAUAAGUAAAAAAACAAAUUCAAAUUAAAACUACUGCAUAGUAAAAUUUAUUUAAAAAUAACUAAAUUUUAAAUGUUUAAAUUUAUGCCAACCAAUUGGUUAGGUUCUAUAAUCAUAAGCAAAGUAAUAAAAACAAUAAAACUUUAUUUUUAUUGAAGCAUAUAAAAAAAAGUUCUUAAAACCUUAUUUUGUUUAGAUUGAUGAAUAAUAAAUAGAUGUCGGGUUUUGGAACGGUGAAUUAAUUUUAAAAAAUUUAAUUUUAAAGAAAGAAAUAUUUCUUUUAUAUGGAAUUAAUAUUGAAGUUGUUGAUUCAAUUAUAUAAGAAAUAAAAAUAUAGAUACCAUGGAAAGCAAUAAAAAAGCAACCUAUAAAAAUAGAAAUAAAUGGAUUUAAAAUGAUUGUUAGUAAUAAAUUAGACUAAACAUAGGAAGAAAAAGAAGAAAUGAAAUCAAAAUUAUUAUAAAUUAAAUUAGAUACUUUAUAAUAAUUUGAAAAUUCAUUAGAUAAAUAUUUUGAAUAAAGACUAGAACAUAUUAAAAAGAAAUAAAAAGAUAAAAAAAAAACAUAAGAAAAUGGAAAAACGAAAAAAAAAGAUUCUUUUUAUUAAAAUGCAUUAUAGGGAAUAUUAUCUAAUUUAUAAUUUAAAAUAAAUAAUAUAGAAAUAAUAAAUAUAUAUCAUAUAAAUAAUUUUGAAGUUGUAAAAGUAGGAUUGAAUAUUGAUUAAUUAUAUUUAGGAAGUGUAGAUUAACUUUUUAAACAGAAUAAUAUUGAUUCUAUUUUUAAAGAAAUUUAAAUUAGAAACUUUUGUGUUUUUUUUGAAUUUUAUGAUAGUUUUUUGGAUACAUAUAUUUAAGUAAUUUAUUUUUAUUUUUUUCUUAUAAAAUUUUAUUAAAAGAAUGAUAAUUAUUUCAAUAUUAAAGAUAAAAAAAAUGGAUAUUUUUCAUAAAAGUUUUAUAAAAAAGAUGAAGAAAUUGAAUAGAUUUUAUAAGAAAAAACUGAUAAUUAUAUAUUAAAAAACUUUAAUGUGGACAUAAAAUUAAAAAUAGAUAUUUAAAAUAAUUAUAAAGCAGAUGUAAAUGUAACAAUAGAUGAUGCUGUUAUUUUUUUAAAACAAAACUAAGUAAGACUAUUGAUAAAAUCUCUAAAAGAAUUAGCUACUUAUAAUUCUAAAAGACCAAAAAUAAGACCAAAAGAAAAAAGUUAGGAUCAAAGUGAGCCUAAUGGAACAGAGUAAUGGUGGAGAUAUAUAAUUGAUAAAAUAAUAACAUUAAAGUAAUUACCUAAUUCAGUAAAAUAAAAAGGAUUAAUGGGUUUUUUAAGAGCAGUUAAAUACAGAAGGUUUUAUACAAAAAAAAGAAUGAACUCUAAAUUAAAAGAAAACGAAACUUACUUUUUGGAUAAAUUUGAAAUUGAUUUUCCUUUGUCAUAGUUAAUUAUUUUAAGGCAAAUGUCAAUAAAUAGUCUUGUGGAUAAUAAAUUAAAAUUAAUGUCUUCCCAUUAUGACGAAAGGGUUGAUGCUGAAAAAUGGUUUUAUAGUAUAGAUAAAGAUUUUUAAAAAUCGAAAAUAUUGAAUUUAAAUGUAUAUUAUUUAAAUGAUGUUAAUUUUGAUAAAGCAAAUAUUGGAAAUUCUUAAAAUACUGAAAAUACACUUGAAAGUGAAAAAAGAGAAAAUAAAGAUUAAUAAAAUGAAUAAAACUCUUUUUUUACUUAUAAUGUUGAAGUCUAAAUGAAAAGCUUUUAAAUUUUAAUUGAGGAAAAUUAGAUGUUAUAAGAUAUUAAAAAUCUUCAUUACUAAGCAACUUUAAUUAAAGAUACUCUUUAUAAUAAACCAAGACUUUAAUAAUAAAUUUUAUCACAUAUAAAGAAAAAUUUUAUUAAUGAACUAAGUAAGAAAGGGAUUAAAUAAUUUUAAUAAAAUGAUAAAGAUUAAGAAAAUAAACAAGAAAAUUCUAAAAUCAUUGAUGCAUCGAUUUGGAAUUUCGAAACUUUUAAAAAUUAUAAAAAAUUGCUUUUGCAUUUAAAAAUGAAUUCUUUACUUUUAAUUUUUAACUAAGAUAGUUUAUAUACGAAUCAAUUAUAAAUAGAUGUUGGUCAAAUAAAUAUAACUGAUAUGCAUUCUUUAAAUAAAUGUUAUAAUUAAAUAAUGGAAAUUAAAGAAGGAAUAUAAAUUAUAUUUAAAACUGAAGUCAUAAAAAUAAAUAAAUCAGCAUUAUCAGUAAAAGCAAUUUAAAAAAUCACACAUAAUUCUUUAGAUGUAAAUAUUCCUACUUUAAUUUUUACUCUAACUAAACCAUUUAUAGAAAGAUGCAGUAAAUAUAUAUAAAUUUAUUUUUAUUUUUUAUUUUUAUAAAAAAAAGAUGUUUUAAGUUAAUUAUUAUUUUUCGAUCCUGAAAAAGUAUUAACAAAAAGAAAAAAAGAUGAGAAUAAUAUACAAAUAGAUUACGAUUGUUAUAAAUAAGAACAGUUUUUUAAUUAAUUUUUAAUGUAAAAAGAUAUAGAAACUACAUUUUUAAAUCUUUCUGUAUAAAUCGGAAAAAUAAAUGUCUAUUUACCUAUAAAUUAUUAAAUAGCAUCUGAUAUUUUAACAUUUUAAAUAAAAAAUUUAAAAAUUUUUAAACGAGAACAUGAUACAGAACUACAUUAAGAAAACUUAAAUUAGUCAUUUAAAUAAAAAGAUGAAUAAGAAGAAAAAUUAUAAGAGCCUUUAUUAAUAAAUAUAUAUUGUAUGAAAAUUUUAAUUGUAUAAGACUAUGAUUGGGAAGAAAAGAAAAAUAUAUUUUUACAUAAUUAUAAAAAAAUAGAAAAAAACUAAUUGAAUAGGGAUGAUUUUUAAAAAAAAAUUGUAUAAAUCGAAAACGUGGAAACUAUACUCGAAACACUUCCUAUAUAAAUAAAAAUAGAAACGAAAUAUACAAAAAGUUAAAUUGGAGUUAUUCAUAAAUUAGAAAGUAAUAAAAAAAUAAAUUUAAUUAAGCAUAUUACCCCUUAAUGUUAUUAAUAUACGAUUUCUUUACCUUUUCUUAUAGUCAAUAUGUCUAUUAAAUAAAUGUAAUUAAUAAUGUAUUUAAUUUAAAUGUGGGCUAUUAAAGGUUAUACAUUUUAAUCAUUUGUUAAUGAAUAAGAUGAUUAAUAAUAGAAUAAGGGCAAUGGAACUAGUACAUCUAAUGUAUAUGAAAAUAACUACAUAAUUGAUCCCAAUAUUAUAUAUACGCCAUAAAUUAUUGAAAUGUUAAAAGUGCAUAAUUUUAGUAUUGUUGAGGUCAAUUUAGAUGGAGUUUAGGUGAAUUUUAGGGUGUGUUCUAAGGAAAAAUAAAGAAAUAUGAAGAUAUUAUUUAUCAUUAAAAUAAUAUUUUGA